GGCUUUGGUUUCUUAUAAUUUUCCUUUUUGUUUUUGGAGAAUGGGAGGCUUUUGGAAUUUGCAUUUGUCACUUCUACUUGGAUUCCAAGCAUUGGGAAUUCCACUGAGAUAUCCCGUUUCCUUCCAUUGGAAACUGCUCGUCUUUUCCUUCUCCGGUUUCAGACAUGGAACUUAGAGUAUUCUCUAAUAGAUCUCAGCUUGACUUGGUGAUAGCAAAGGAUGCAACAUCAGGUCUGAGGGGUGACAGUUUUUUCAAAUUUCCCGAGGAUAGAAUGUUGAUGGGAGGUGAUUUUGAUCUAAAUUCAGGGCAACAUUAUAGUGAUUCCCCUGAGGAAGUUCUAAAGCAGACAAUACUCCAUCAUGAAACUAUAUUCAGGAACCAGGUUUAUGAACUACAUCGCCUAUACAGGAUACAGAAGACCUUGAUGAAGGACCUCAGCCAGAAAGAAAUAGAUAAAUAUACACCAUGGACAGCAAACACAAAAUCAAUUCCAUUAUCAUUUCAAGAUCCACAAAAAAAUAAAACAAUGGUGGGGUCAACAUCUUCUACCAACUGGAAUUUGCUGGAGGACUGCCAAGGCUCUUACUCUAAGCUUCAGGAUAAGCCUCUUGACCUUCAACUUUCAGCUGAGGAGUAUAUUAGUAAUGCAGGAACUGAAUUUCCUAAGCAAGGAAAUUUAGCACCAACUGUCGCGGAAUCUGGUGGAACAAAGGAGUUUCUUCAUGCUAACCAUGUUCCAGAUCCAGUGGAAGUGAAACUCUUUCUCAGUUCUGGAGGGGUCACAAGUGAGAAGGGAUUUUCUAGCAGAUCUUGGUACAAUAAAGAGUCUUCUCUGUCUACCCUAUUUGUGAUUGAUUCUGAGGAAUCCAUUGAAAGGAAAUCAAAUGAAGAGGUGAAACCCAUUGCUUCCCAUUCUGAAUCUCCAGCAACAUUUGUUAGAGACAAACAUGGGGUACUAGCUCCUUUCCUAUCCUAUCCGAGCUUUUCAGAUAGAUUGAGAAAGGAUAUAGAUCUCCAGCCUUUCGUGAAUAAUCAUUCCCUUGCAAACCAGAGUGGAAGGAAUCAAGAAAACAAAUCAUGUUGUUCAGAUACUGGAUUAAAUGAAUGCCAAUCUAGUGGCCGACUUAUCAGUCUGUUCACAUCAAAACGGAUAUCCUCUUCAUGUGACAAAACACAGAUUGACCUUAACAGAGUCCAGCUUGAUGAAUCUUCUUGUUUCUCAAAUGAUCCUUUGCUUAGCUUUCCAUUUCUGAUGGAAAAUUCACCAGCUAUCAUCCGUGGACUCGCUAAUGAUUCCAAUAAUGGGACUCAGAGUUUCAUGACUUCUAGAAUAAAGACAGAUGACAGCUUUUCUGAUGAAACUUCUACAUCUAUUGUGCUUCAACAAGAUAAUUUUGCAUGUUCUGCUUUGAAGGAUUGCAAGGGAAAAUUUAGUUGCUCACAAGCUUGCGAUGUGAGCCCAAAAUGUGGAGAAAAAAGUGGAUAUAAAGGAAGGUUUAUAGAUCUUGAGCAUGAGCCUGAGGAUCUGACGGGCCACUGGGAAUACUUCUGUAACCAAGAUGUGAAGCUUAGUAAAGCAGAUGACCGAGCACAUGCUUUGGAUGUAACUCACAUUGCUAAAGUAGCAAGUAACCAGUUACAUACGUCUUUAAGGUGUACAGUUUUACCCCAAGCAGUAGAUGAUGCAGAAGUCGGGCUAAUAAACUUUGAGAGUAGUGAAGAAGAUACACUGUCUUCAGGUCCAUUUAGAAGUCAUGCUGAGGUUCCAGCUGAACAUUGCAAAUUAUCUGAUGCUACAAGCAAGACCAAUUGCUGGACUAGCAAUAAUUCUUGCUAUAUAAAGGAUCUGCAGUCUGAGAUUGUGGAUAAAGGAGAGCUGGAAAAUUCAAAAUCUGCUGCCUUUGAGGAAACUGGAGCUACUCAGUUAGGAUCUCAAGUCACAGAAAACCAGUCUUCUGAAGGUGAAGGAGAAUUGGAAAAUUCAAAAUCUUCUGCCUCUGAGGAAUCUGGAGCUACUCUGUUAGGAUCUGAGGUCACAGAAGCCCGCUCUUCUGAACAGGAGACGAUUGUGGAAACUGGGUGUUAUACUUGUGCUUGUACAGAGGAAAGGCUUUCUGAUGGAACCAAAAAAGAACAUCAGUGUCACAGUCAGCAGAAAAAUGUAGUGAAGGAAAUGGAUAUUUUGAUCCUGAAAGCAGCCGAGUCCCUUAUUCAGAUUUCUUUGGAUAAUCCGUUCUGUCCUCAAGACUGCUUUGGUGAGGCAGGAUCAAAUGCAUUGGAGGAGGAGAUGAGUGAGCAGCAGCCCGAGUAUUCUUCUGAUUCUUUUGAGUCAAUCACAUUAAGGCUGACAGAGUGCAGUGCGGAUGACUACUUGGUAAAAUCAAUGCCGGUUGAUGUAAAUGAGACACCCAAAGGUUCUGGAUGGAAGUUGAAAAGGGGAAGCAGGCUCAAAGAUUUCCAGAAAGACAUUCUGCCUGGUCUUGUAUCUCUUUCCAGGCAUGAAAUUUGCGAAGAUAUAAACAUUAUUGGGGCAGUCUUGAGGUCAAAGGAAUAUAGGAACAGAUCAAAAAACAUUGGUAGUGAGAACUGGAGUGUGCCUGUUAAAAGAAGGCGGUCAAAACUUAAUUUCAUUGGUCGAAGAAUCUAUAAUUGAAAGUCUUGUGUAGGUCUCUGAAUUGGCAUAGAAAUGGAGCAUUGAUGGUUUAUGAAUUGAUGUACUUUACACCU